UUUCGUUUAAGGACAACGACUUUACGACGAAAUACGUGUAGCGAGAAGAAAACCGGAUAUAUCUGGCGAAGGCCUGUUGGAAAAAUCAUAAAUUUGAAGAGGUAAGUGUCUAGUUUCUGUGACAAUGAAUGAAGGAAGAAUUUUGUCUUUUUUUUUACCCUUGCCAUGUCGUUAAUUCUUACAAACGAAUGAUGUAUACAAUAUGAAUUUAGUUUAUGUGAGGAUCAUCUGCAACUCGAAAAUAUUGAUCUUAACCGCUUUCUCGCUGGUCUUCAACAUUUUUACGUCCCAUUUCUCCCAAAAGUAGCAUCGUUGCUGAUCAACAAACCCUACUAUGCAGCGACAGGAGUGAGAAACAUAGGACAUAGAAGUAUUUUGUUGCGCACCCGCUUACUUGAGAGAUAUUUUGUUCGGAACGGAAUAAUGUUCAGUUUCAGCUUAUCUCGACCAUAAACUAAGCUUGAUGAACCGCUUUUGUACAUAAUUGUUAUUUUAAAAUACAUCCGUCGUAGUUCAUUUAUUUUCUUAAAUCUUUUCUCGCGCGAAAGAUUAUUUUCGUUGAGUUGUUGAUGUAUAGAGGUCGCGUGUUACGACUUAUUUAAAUAAAAUUUGACCCGCAACGCGCAUUGUUGCCACCUUUCUGUUUGCUCCGAAGCAUGUUAAUGCUAUUACAUGCUAUUGAAAAUAACGAAAAAGAACUGCACGAGCAGUGUUAGGGCAAAUUUCCGGAAACAUAGAAGGAAGACUUAAGCAUUUGAAAUGUUCCCGAUGCCAAAUGGAUUUCGUUCUCAGCCCUCAAAUGACUGUCAGUUUUGGCAAAUCGUUCUGUGCCACGUUAUUCGCCACAAUUAAAUUUUCAGUCUCCUGAAAGUUUAUUUUGGAAAUUUUAUGAUUACUUUAUGAUUUUGAUUUUCACGAUGAUCCACGUCAAAAAGAAGAUAUUCCAGCUGCUACCGAGUAUAAUAUUCGUAUAUCUAUUUCAUGUUUGUCUUCAGACGGAUUAUUUUUAUUUUCAGACAUUGACUUAAAAACAAUUAUAAACAAAUCUCGUGAUUGGGUCUUUAGAAACUAAACAUUUCAUAUUUAGGAGCGUUUUUUUCGAUUUGUGAUAUAUGGCUGACGAAGGUUUGCCGCAGCUUUUUAAUCAAAGGCAGCUCGUUGCAAGAUUAUACGAUCUAUUUUAUUCCUCAUCAACAAUCUCCCUCGCAAAAAUUUUAUAUGUUUCAGUUCCAUGUUAAAAAAAAAUUUAUUCACUCCUAAAGGUUGAUUAUGCUCCUCGAAAUUUAUCUGUUUAGAACAAAAACAUGAAAGGUGUAAGGUUUAACUUUAUAGCAGGAUCGAAUGUCAAAACGCAUUGUUGUACAGAUGUCCGUCUUGAGGAGGCUCCAUAGGGUUUUUGCCCAAUGUCAGGUUGGCGCACACGCCAGCGUAAUGUUUUUCUUGAAAUUUUUAUGUUUCCGCUUUUCAAGGUCACUAUAAGCCAUCAAAAGGCGAUGAGCAAGGUUCGGACUAUCGUUUGCUGUAGUAAAUAUUACGAAAGGUACAGAUAUGUGAAACGGUCGGUUGACCUCUUUUUCAGGCAUACAAGGCCUAUGAAUAUUACGGGCGCAGUUGCUGGAAACCCAGGAUUCCAACGCAUUAAAACUGUGUUGUGUUAAACUUUUUUAACACACCUUUUCAGGUAAUAAUCAGGGUUCUCAAUAGAAGGCGGCACCCGGCGAUUGAUCGCCGCUUACUUUGUGUUUAAGUCGCUUUUCUUUUCUUUGUUUUGUUCUGCCAGUUUGCUUGAGUUGUUUCCGAAUUUCUCUUCCGUUUCUUGCACGACUGUGAUCCAAACAAAACCGGGAAACUUGCUUACGGUUCUGGACUCGAUCGAUGAGUCCAGGCGUUCACGGUGAAACAUGGUAACCAGGCCUCCUACUUUAUCAGUGGUCACCGUAUCGUAUCGAGUAUCGUAUCGAGUCGCCAUGUUUGUUUUGCAUGUUAAUACUGUGUUCUCACCUAGAUCUCGCGCGGUCAAAAAUCCCUGUGGAGCUCCUUAAACUUCAGUUGCCGGGUAUUUGGCUGUUCUGUGCGUUGAAACAAAUCUGCUAGCUGUGGGUUUGUACCGUCAGAAACUUUCGUUCGCUGUCCGUGAGCUUAGUGUCGUCCGUCUAUAAUUUGACAAGUGAAAGAAGCACCGACAUAAAUAUUAACUGGAAAAGCCCAAAAUCGUCUCUGGGGAUACACCUUACUUUGCAUGAGUCCAUUACAACAAGUUUCCGCGCGAUACGAUGUGGUACGAUCGACCAGAUAGAAAGCAGAGCGUCGUCGAUACUUCACAGUUCUAGUGUGAAGAGCAUUAGCUGUGUAUGUGGGCAACCAAUGAACAGUGUAGAAAAGCCGAACGCUCGGGAAAUCAAAACGGAAUUGUUCUUCUUGAUUCAUAGGCCUAUCCGGCUUUGAAAGACAGGAAUUCAAGACAGUAAAAGCUACGCCUUGAUUUUAUCUUGCUUAUGUCGCCUGUAAGUGAUGGUUAAAACAAAGAGCAUACUAUAUCAAAUGGCCGUGGAAAUUUUGAAUCGUUUUUCUGAACUGGUUGUCUCUGCUAAAUUUAAUACAGUACAUGCUGUAAGUUGGCGCUGCUCUCGAAUCCUCGGCCAUUGUCACCUAUGAUAGGUCUAUAGUACCACAUGUGAAAACAGAAGCUAUCGUCUUCUGCCGACUGAAUGUCAUUCCCUUUUUUAUUCAGGUACGCAAUCUGUGCAAACCAGCCUAAGUGUUAUUAUCGCAUGGCAGUGUGUUUAGACGGGAAAAAGGUCUGCAUUUGCCUCCCCCUUACCGGACUGCUUUUGUGUUGCUUGUACAGUAUUUUAUUGAAGGAACCUAAAACGCGGUUUGCAAGCAGGGAUUUCAAAGGUGGAGAUGACUUAUUUGAAGUGAACAGCUAUGUAAACAAUUCCAUGUCAUUGGAAUAUGAUGACCCUGCUAGACGUUUGUCUUCAAGUGCAAUAGGAAAGAAUACAGAACAAUGGAAUGAACGCGUCUCCAAAGGAAGGAGCAAACAUAUUGAACAAAAACGUCUCCCAAAUGCUAUAAUUAUAGGCGUCAAGAAAGGAGGUACGAGAGCUCUGCUGGAGUUUCUUAAAAUCCACCCAAAAAUUAAGGCGUGCCCAUGGGAAGUGCAUUUCUUUGAUACCGAUAAGAACUAUGAGUUGGGACUGGACUGGUAUAGGGAACAAAUGCCAGAGUCAUACAAAGGUGACAUCACUGUUGAGAAAACGCCAGCUUACUUUGUGAGGGAUAAGGUUCCUCAGAGGGUUUAUAAGAUGUCAAAGAGCGUCAAGCUCAUUGCGAUAGUACGUAAUCCCGUCGAGAGGGCAAUUUCGGAUUAUGUGCAGGUUACACACAGAAGACAUGGCGUUCUACCGCCGUUUGAAAGAUAUGUAACGAAUGAUAAAACAGGAAAGGUUCUGAGAACUUCCAUCGGUUUAAUAAGAAUUGGUGUUUACGUAAAACAUUUACGAAAUUGGUUAAAAUAUUUCCCAAUCUCACAGCUUCACUUCGUCAACGGAGAUGAUUUGAUUACUAACCCAGCCAAGGAACUGCAAGCUGUGGAGAAGUUUCUUAACAUCGAACCCUUUAUUAAGAAGGACAACUUCUACAUUAAUCAAACCAAACGUUUUCCCUGUAUUAGUAGGUCUUUCAAGUUGAAAAAAGAGAAUUCAGGUUGUUUGUCUGAGAGUAAAGGAAGACCUCACCCUUCUAUUAGAAGUGACAUUCGCAAACUUUUGGAAGACUACUUUCGGCCGUACAAUGAGGAGUUUUAUAAAGAAGUAGGAAGAGAUUUUCAUUGGUAA